AUGACAGAUGAACCAGGAACAGAUCCUUUUGCUGAGAGACAAAAAGAGAAGAAAAGCAGAGUUGACAAACAAGAGAAAAAUAGGUUGCAGAACUUGAAACAAGCUGCAAAAGUUGGUGCCCUGCCAAGCCAUGUUCAGCUUGCUGCCACAGCCUUACCUAUUAUGGGAACCCAAGCAAUGCCCAGAAAAGUUGGCAAGGACGAAUUAGAAAACGUUGCUGGAAUGGCAUCGACUGCAACAGCGAGCGGUGGAAAAUUUGACAAGAAAUUGCCCGGAGAGAAGCCCCCAAAGCACGUAAAGAAAUAUAGGAAGUUCCUGCCAGCUGCUGAAGGAUCAGGAAUGGGUGCAUUAGAAAAACAGCAAACUGAGAAAGUUUUGAAUAAGUUGAUCUCCAAAAAUUCUCACGGAAUGCUAAAUGUUGAAAAGGCUGUGAACAUGAACAAUGUGAAGAAGGAAAAGAAACGAAGAAACAAAGACGGGGGAAAGUCAUCAACACCAAGCAAGCUGAAGUCGAACAAGAAAUCUUUCAAGAAAACAUCAAAAGGAGGAUCUUCAAAGAAAGGGAAGUAA